CCACAGGAUCAUGCCCUGACAAGGUCGUUUUCACAGUCAAGGUCACCGUGAGACUCAAAGGGUCAAGAUGGCAAAGUACACAAUUGUCUUGGUGAGGCAUGGUGAGAGCAGCUGGAACAAGGAAAACAGAUUCUGUGGUUGGUAUGAUGCAGAUCUGUCAGAAACUGGGAUCGAGGAGGCAAAAAAUGCUGGGAAGGUGUGUUGUUGAAUUACAUCAUUCAGUUAUGCUGAAAGAGAAAGGCUUUGUGUUUGAUGUUGCCUUUACUAGCGUGCUGAAGCGAGCGAUCAAAACCUUGUUCUUUAUCCAAGACGAGCUGGACAAUCACUGGAUUCCUGUACACAGGCACUGGCGACUCAACGAGCGUCAUUACGGAGGACUUCAGGGUCUGAACAAAUCAGAAACGGCCGCUAAACAUGGGGAAGACCAAGUUAAGAUCUGGAGACGAUCUUACGACACACCACCACCUCCACUGGAACAGGAUGAUCCCAGGAGUGCUGCUAAUGAUCCCAAGUAUAGUCAUUUGGAUAAGAAUGCUGUGCCGUCAUGCGAGUGUCUAAAGGACACAGUGUUCCGAGCUCUACCCUACUGGCAUGAUGUCAUUGUUCCUACCAUCAAGUCAGGACAACGUGUACUGAUAUCUGCUCAUGGAAACAGUUUGAGGGCAUUAGUCAAGUACCUGGAUAAGAUUUCUGAUGCAGACAUAGCAGGCCUGAACAUCCCUACAGGUAUCCCAUUGGUGUACGAGUUAGAUGAAAAUCUUCAGCCUGUACGGCACUUCUACUUAGCCAGUGAGGAGGAGGUGAAAGCUGCCAUGGAUAGAGUAGCCAACCAAGGCAAGGCAAAGUGAAACCCUUAGCGACAGUGCUUGCAGUGGCUCAAUUAAUACAAAUGCCCGGGGCUGUUUUCAUUUUACUGUAAAAUUUACUAAUAUGACUGAAGUGAACUUUCAUAUUCUAAUUUUGCUAAUUCUGUUAAAAUGUCACUUUUUUUUUUUAAGUUAUGGUCUUGUUUUAAAGGAUAAGUAAUGAAAAUAUGGAUGUAUCUCCUUCUACCUAUCAACUUUAUUAUUGUUUUUUUUUUGUAUUUGAUUGGGAAAUGUUUAACAAAUCCCAUUGUAUUGCUCUCAAAAUAUUUAUUAUGUCACCCACCUUCGAAUGGGGUGAGGCUUUUUGUUUUUGUGCUAGAAUUUCAGGCAGCCGGUGUGCUUUAAUAUGCUCCUACAUGUACUGAUCUUAAGUCAAAUUUCUCGUAUUAAAUGAAGUUCAUUAUUUCAUCACAUGAACAAUGAAUGUAAAACUCUGAUGACGGUAAUUUGAAGGAAGAGACAAAUUAAGGAUUUUGUCUAUGUAGUCAUUAAUUUAGAACAUAUUAUACGUCAAAAGUGGGCUGUCAUAUGACCAAUAUAAAGUUGGUAUCAGUUUUUGAAAUGAUAUAUGAAUAGGUAUACUGCACGGCUCUUCUGCAGACCGCCAUGGCUCAGUUGAUGCCUUAUUUUUGUCCACCCAGCAGUCAACACCAAUCAGUUGUAUAGAUAUUUUUGGUCAGUCUUACUGCCUGAACUUUCAAUAUUCCACACAAUAGCUUUAGGGGUUUUUGAGCAUUAGGGCCCUACCGAUUUGGCCGCAACUCCACUGAAACACGAGAGAGCUCACUGACACAAUGACUGCUCCCAUAAGUUUCCGAACAGAAUUUCGUAGCGUUUAUCUUGCUUGUUAUGUUCAGUGUGUUUAGGGUUGUAAAUGAUGUCUUUAUUUUAUGUGCAAAUGUUUUCGAUUGAGGCAUAGUUGUCACUGUUGUCGGCAGUGUUUUUCACCUGGGCUAUCAGCCGAGUUUUCAGUUGAUGUACUAUAGUAACUACACGUACACAUAUUCUCUUUACAAAUCUUAAUUGUAUCAUAUUUGUUCAGUAAAGUUCAUGGUUGUUGAGGUGGGACAAACAAACAAGUUGUGCUUUAAAAACAAUUCAGUCUCCUUUCCAUGUAUUUUCAUGUUACGCAACCCUUUUAAAAUCUGACUUUUGACAAUUUAUUACAAUUUAAUAACUGUGGAAUAAAUUAGCAUUGAAGUAAAUUCCAGUAGUAUAUGUUAUUUAAGUUGGUAAGUAUUUUGUUUUCUUGUAAGUUAUUAUUUGCUUACAUCCUUGUACAUCUGUACCCAGUAAGCUAAAGUGCAUAUACUAGAAAUAAGAAUACUAGAUUAUCAAAUUUUUAUGUAGUUAAAAUGUGUUUUUUAAAGAAAGAAUCUUGCAUGUGUGAAUAAUGAAUUACCUGCCUGUCGAAUCUCAGUGUACAUGUACCUUUAACCGUGAACCGGUUGUUACAUCAGUAGGCUUACCAUAAAUAAAAUGUACAGUCAGAUGUUGAGCAGGAUAUGAAGUAUUUUGGGUGUGUGAGAACAAUGGAUUUCUUGAAUACAUUUAUAGUUGACAAUGCUAAAGGAUUAGGUUCCAUAUUUAGUGUUUAUUUCAUGGUGAAAUAACCCUGUAUGUAUUGUCAGACUGAGACAAUAAGAUUAAAAAGAAAACAAAAAGGGAGUAUACAGUAAAUCUCAUGAACACGACACUCAGAGUGUGGAGAGUUAAUGACCCUGGUUUUAUGCAGCUUUUUUUUUUCAGGCGACACAUUCACUUGAUUCUGAUUGCUG